UACCGUGCCUAUCCUCGGGUCGACGAUCCCAUAAACCUCUCUACUGUUCAUCCGACUCUUGGAACGCUGCAAGAGCCAGCGACUACUAAAAAAAGAAAACUCGAACGAAGCAGAAACAGCCAUUUCUGAUUCAAAAGAAAAUGUAUUCUGUUCUGAAAUCAAUGGCGACGGCUACCUCUUCCACCCUAAAACACGGGAUCUCUCUCUGGUGCCCUCAAUCCCCAUCUCUGAGACGGAUUCGUCGCCCUUCCAUCGCUUUCACUACCUUCCGCAGGACUUCUUUCGUCGCAUCGUCGGCUGCUUUCGCCAAUGAGAAUCGAGAGUAUGUUAUUGUUGGUGGUGGCAAUGCAGCUGGCUAUGCUGCUCGAACUUUUGUCGAACAUGGAAUGGCUGAUGGGAGGCUGUGUAUUGUGACAAAAGAGGCUGUUGCACCCUACGAGCGCCCAGCUUUGACGAAAGGCUAUUUGUUUCCCUUGGACAAAAAGCCGGCACGCCUGCCUGGCUUCCAUACAUGUGUUGGAACCGGUGGGGAAAGACAGACCCCCGAUUGGUAUAAGGAGCACGGUAUAGAGGUAUUGUAUGGAGAUCCCGUGACAGGCAUUGAUGUCCAAUCACAGACUCUAACUACAUCUUCAGGCAACCAUCUUAAGUAUGGAUCCCUUAUAAUUGCUACAGGAUGUGCAGCUGCAAGAUUUCCAGAGAAAAUUGGAGGAAGCCUGCCCGGUGUACACUAUAUCCGGGAUGUUGCUGAUGCUGAUUCAUUAAUAUCUUCAUUGGAGAGAGCACAGAAGGUGGUUAUCAUUGGUGGUGGCUACAUUGGUAUGGAGGUUGCUGCUGCAACUGUUGGUUGGAAAAUCGAUACAACGAUCAUAUUUCCAGAGGAUCAUCUCAUGCCAAGACUUUUUACUCCUUCCCUAGCUCGGAGGUAUGAAGGGCUCUAUCAAGAGAAUAGUGUCAAAUUCUUGAAGGGUGCUCGUAUCGACAAAAUAGAAGCUGGUUCUGAUGGAAGAGUGGCUGCAGUCAGACUUGCAGAUGGAUCCACUGUAGAAGCAGACAUGGUUAUUGUUGGAAUUGGAGCAAAGCCUGUUGUCGAUCCCUUUGAGGCUGUGGGCUUGAACACGACCGUUGGAGGAUUACAGGUUGAUAGUCUGUUCCGAACAAGUAUACCAGGUAUUUUUGCUGUUGGAGAUGUAGCAGCAUUUCCACUAAAGAUAUAUGACCGGAUUGCUCGUGUUGAACAUGUUGAUCAUGCUCGUAAAUCAGCCCAACAUUGUGUUGGAGCACUACUAACUGCACAUACUCACCCAUACGACUACCUGCCAUACUUCUAUUCAAGGGUUUUUGAGUAUGAAGGGAGUCAAAGGAAAGUCUGGUGGCAGUUUUUCGGAGACAAUGUCGGCGAUACAGUUGAAAUUGGAAAUUUUGAUCCAAAAAUUGCUACUUUCUGGCUGGAUUCAGGUAGGUUGAAAGGAGUUUUCCUUGAAAGCGGCAGUCCUGAGGAAUUUGAACUUCUGCCUAAACUUGCAAGAAGCCAGCCAGCUGUUGACAAAGCCAAGCUUGAAAGUGCAUCCUCUGUGGAGGCUGCUCUCGAAAUCGCUAGAAGCUGCCUCUAGGCAGAAGCCACAGUUUAGUACACAUGUGUUGACGAGAUGGCCAUCCAACUGUGGGAAUCAAAGCUUAUAAUUCAGGGAUUCCCAUUCCCAUGAAAGUAGCUGGUUUCUUAGAAAAUUUAUGUAAAAGCAGUUUUGACUCUUUACCGUUCAUCUAUAUAAAAAUUGCCAUCACCCCUAUGCUAUCCAUAGGUUCUUUUCUAGAACUUAAAACAUGUUCUCUGUUUUUCA